AAUGAUACCAACGUCUUGCAGGCGCCUAGAGACACUCAACAAAUGCGCUGCUAUGAAGCUGGAUCCGACUAUAAAGAAAAGCUCUUCUGACUCCGAUGAAGAAGAUUAUGCCUUAUCCAAUAAGUGGACCUUUGAACGACCUUCUAGGAGGUGGUCAAGAAUGGAAACAUCAUCUAGUGGCGUUGAAGUUCUCAGGAGUUGUAGUAGCCGAGAUAGUGUAUCGGCAGAACAAUCGUCAACCCAGAAUUCCCCUACAACUCCAUCCAAAACAGAGUUAGUUGUUCCUGAAGUUGUUCGAGAGUCCCAAAGCACUGUUGGUAGCCUUCUUAGCCCUCGUCUUCGGAGAGCGGCAACUGAAAAAUUAAAAGGAGCUAAAAAUAUAUUAAAAAGAGUUGAAUCGUUACGCCAUUCUAAAAAUAAAAAAAAAAAGAAAGAAAAAGAAAAAUCGGGUAGCAGUUCACCAACGCCUGAAGCAUCGCCGUCUAGUCCCAUUCAUCAACUUGUAAAUACCCCUAAACGAAGUAGUCGACCAUUUGCAAGCGAUUCUUCGUCUUACACAACCGCCUUCUCUCAUCUAUCUAUUGAUUCUCAGGAGAGCGUAUUACAUCUAGACCCCUCCGCUGAAGUAGUUCGACGACCCGAUCGAGGGCAUACCGAAGUAUCAGAUGAGCAAAAGAGGUCCUCACUUUACGACAAUCUCGAAACAGAAUCAAAUAACACCCAAAAUCAAUUUGAUAUGAUUCUACAAGAUUUACAACGUGACAUAAACGCCCUAGAUGAAAGCUUGAAUGGAAAGCAGGCAGCCACAAUGCCAAUGCCAAAAAUUACUUGCGAUACAGGAAAAGUUGAACAAGAAAUUGAUAGAUUAAGCGAAAAAACCAGCGCGUCUAGCUACACGCCAUCUGGCGGACAAGAUAGUAGUGAAAAUGACACUCAGCAUUCGCCUACAACUGAAAAACGAGAGCGCCGUGAUAGUGGUGUCGGUCUGUCACUAACAAGAGCACCUAGUGCAAGAAGGAGGCAGGCAGCCAUUUGGCAUAGUUUUUUAGGUUACGCAAUACAAGAAAAGACAGCCGAUUUUGUUGAUUUAAACUCGCUUGGUGUGGGUCAAUUACUAGUCUUGAAAAAAAUGGCCAUGUUGAAACUAUCGUCUAGAAUCGAUACUCAUGCUCCUCCAGGAACUCGAUUAAACUGGGAUAGUUUCGUACCAAAAUUUAUGCGUCGAUGCAAGUCAACUACAUCUGCAGCUCAGAAGCACGUUUUCGGCGUCCCUUUACACAUGAUCGAACAGCGAACUGGUGAUCCUCUUCCACAACCUAUUUCGAAAGCAAUGUCAUUUAUACUCCAGCAUCGAUCUAAUUCAUAUGCAGUAGGCUUAUUUCGAAAGAAUGGCCAACAAACAAGAAUACAACAAAUGAAAAACGAAAUCGAAUGUGGUGGCGGCUACCGCGAUCAUUUUGAAAUUAGCAGUUUAUUGGAUACUUGCGAUCUUGUCAAGUCAUUUUUUCGCGAGAUGCCAGAAUGCCUUUUUACAAAUCGAUACUCGCCAAUGAUCUUAUCCAUUUUUAAACACCUUCCAAAAGACAGUUGGCUAGAAUUAGCCCAAUCCUCAAUCCUUCUUCUUCCAGACGAAAAUCGCCGAGUUUUAAGGGCUUUAGCGACAUUUCUUCUUCAAAUAUCUCACCAUCAUUUAUCAAAUGGAAUGACGGAGCAUAAUUUAGCCGUCUGUAUUGCGCCAAACUUGUUUCCACCUUUAACCAGCUCCACGGUGCAUGGUAAAACGAUGGCUGAUUCCAAGGAAGUGCAAGACCAAAAAGCAGCUAUCGACUGCGUAAGAUUUAUAAUAGAAAAUGCUGAACAGCUCUUUACAAUUUCCAAGGCAACAUUUGAAGAGAGCUCUGCCAAAGUUGAACAGUGCAAUCCGUCGCCUUAUGAAGUAGUUAGAGAUUGUGGUCAUUUGAAAAAUGCCGUUGAAGUCUUAUUAAAAGAGCAUAUUGAUAAAUGGAAAAACUAUGAUAGUGCCGUUCCAACGAUGCGAGCUCCUGGUGUAGACAUUUCAAUGAAGAAAGUCAGUGAUGGUUAUCCACUUAGGUUAUGGAAAAGCUCAACAGAAAUAACUGCGCCCCCUAAUGAAGUCUUAGACCGAAUUUUACAUGAGAGGCAAUUAUGGGAUGAGAGAAUACUGGAAACGGAAGUAUUGGAAACUACUGAGAAUGAUAGUGAUGUUAUACGUUAUGUAUUAGAAGGAUCUCGAACUAUGCCCCGAAAUGUUAUAUGUAUGAUGCGAUAUUGGACAAAAGAUAUUGGAAAGGGAGUAUGUGCCCUUGUUUCAACGUCUGUUCAACAUCGCAAGGCUAAAAAUCAAGAUGGUGCAGAAUGUCGAGUGGUUUUGGCCGAGAGAUUUUUAAUAGAACCUUGUGGAUCGGGAAAAUCAUUAGUGACUAGUUUAUAUAGAGUAGAUAUAAAAGGUCACUCCAGUGACUGGUAUAAACGACAAGGCGGAGUCGAAAUGGCACACUUAUUGUCAAAUCUUCGCGAUUCUUUCCGUAGUAGAAUCGAAGGUCCAGAAACAAAAGUGUAG